AUCCUGAGAUUCGCCAAGCUUUACGAUAACCACCCUGCGUUGCUAGCAGGACUAUAGCUUAGAUUUUGUCUUUCCAAUUCUUUCUUUCCUCAUCCUUGUUAUUCUCUCUGCAAAGAAUCCCGCCAGUUGAUUAAUCCAAAAUGGACAUGCCAGUCUCUGCAAUUGGGUUUGAGGGUUAUGAGAAGAGGCUUGAGAUCUCUUUCGUUGAGCCCGGAGUAUUUGCUGACCCCGAUGGCUAUGGCCUCCGCGCGCUUACCAAAGCACAGUUGGAUGAAAUCUUAGAUCCAGCACAAUGCACCAUUGUUGCAUCUCUGAAGAACGAUGAUGUCGACUCCUAUGUCCUCUCUGAGUCGAGCCUCUUUGUUUACUCAUACAAGAUAAUUCUGAAAACGUGUGGCACUACAAAACUACUGCUGUCUAUCCCACCGAUUCUGAGGUUGGCUGAUGGACUUGGACUGACUGUGAGCUCUGUUAGAUACUCCCGUGGAAGCUUCAUAUUCCCGGGUGCUCAGCCAUUCCCCCAUCGCAGCUUCAAUGAGGAAGUUGCUGUUCUUGACAACCAUUUCUCCAAACUUGGACUUAUGAGCGAAGCCUAUGUGAUGGGAGAUGCCGAUGAGCACGAGAAGUGGCAUGUCUACUCUGCCUACUUGGAGCCGUCAAGUGAUGUGGAACCUGUUUACACCCUUGAGAUGUGCAUGACCAAUCUGGACCAGAAGAAGGCCUCUGUGUUUUUCAAGAACCAAUCCAGCUCUGCUGCUAUCAUGACUGAUGCAUCUGGCAUCAGGAACAUCCUCCCUGAAUCAGAGAUAUGCGACUUUGAUUUCGACCCUUGUGGGUACUCCAUGAACUCGAUCGAGGGAGGCGCGGUGUCUACUAUCCAUGUCACCCCAGAAGAUGGCUUCAGCUAUGCAAGUUUCGAAACAGGCGGGUAUGAUUUUGAGAAGGUGGACUUGACUCAGCUCGUGGAGAGGGUGUUGGCAUGCUUCAACCCGGCCAAAUUCUCUGUGGCUGUGCGAGCUUCUGUUGCUGGGAAAGAGCUUGAUUCUGCGUUUAAACUGGAUAUUGCAAAGUAUGGGUGUGCCGGGAGGAGAUGCGAGGUGCUCGGAGAUGGUGGAUCUGUUAUCUACUGCAACUUCACGAGCGCUGCCGGGUGUGGAUCUCCGAGGUCGACUCUGCACCAAUGCUGGAGUGAGAGCGAGGAUGAGGAAAUCGAAAAGAAAUAAAUUUUCUUUUGAGUCUCCGUUUCUAUGAUACUACUAUUCUACUAGUGUUCUUGCUCAGUUUCUGAGAUAUGUUGAACUUGUUUUGAAAAACAUUUGAUUUAGUCGUUUGUGUUUUGGUUUUUUACUUUUCCAGUGCUGUAAUAAAAGAGGGGCAUUUUACUGUACCCUCUCUUUGAUAUAUAUAGGUAUUGUUAUUUGCUUUUUA